UUGCGAUUUUGCAUUGUUAAAUUAUGUAAGAAUUUAUAUUUAAUGUACGUAUAUAAUUGUUAAAUAAUAAAAUUAAUAGUUAUAUGACAUGGGACCAAGUUAAUUUCCUGAAAUUUUAUUUAUGAUAAUAAUUUAUUGAAUAUUAGAUACAAAAGAGUAAUUGAACUUAUUUUAAAAAGUUAUGGAUGAAAUUAAGAAAAUAGGUCGAGUUUGAUUUAUUUAAACCCGUCACACAAAGUAUAGGACUGGAAUGAUCCUUUUUCAUAAUAUAAAGCAACAGGCAGAUGAAGGAACGUGUGCAUGGAGUGGAAGGUGAGGGGCAAAUGAAGUGUACACUGCAUGAAAGCCAAAUUAAUUGGCAAAAACUUUCAAAUAUAAGAAACAGAUCAUUAGGCGUUGGGCAACAACAUGACAAAACUGUCACCAUAUACAACCAAAUCAUUGUUUAACCAAAUUAAUUAGACAUACCUAAUGUGGCCGGCGAUCUUUAGAAAAAUUUAUCAUCUACAAUUUCCAUACUUAUUCUUCUUCUAAGUCUAUAGUCUAUACUAAUUAAUUAUAACCCCACAAAACUAAUUUAAUUGGCCGAUAAAGGUACUCAAACCUGAUUUUAUGAGUUUGCUAUCUGCUUCCUUCUUGCAAAUCCUCUCUAAGCUGUAAAAAUGGCAUCUACUUCAUCUUACAAAACAAGUUAUGAUGUUUUUCUUAGUUUUAGAGGCCCUGAUACUCGUGAUAAUUUCACCAGCCAUCUUCAUCAAAAACUGGUGGAUAAAAAUAUCCAAACUUUCAUAGACAAUAGGCUUGAUAGAGGUGAAGAGAUUGAAUCAUCCCUUACGGAUGUCAUCGAAGAGUCUCAGAUUUCAGUCGUCGUUUUCUCGGAAGGGUAUGCGUCUUCUCCAUGGUGUUUGGAUGAAUUGGUCAAGAUUAUGGAGUGUAGAAAGAAACUGGGCCGAAUUGUUUUGCCAAUUUUCUACCAUGUUGAUCCAACUGAUGUUGAACAGCAAACUGGUAUUUUUGGAGAUGGUUUCAGGAAGCUUGAGUCAAAGAACAAGAAUAAUAUGGGUACGUGGAUAGAUUCUUUGAAGGAGGCCACCACUUUGUCUGGUUGGGAUUCAAAGAAUCACAGGCCUGAUUCCGAAUUAAUUGAAACAGUCGUCAAAGAAAUUGUGAAGAAACUCUCUCCUACCUCAUUUAGCAUUUCUGUUGAUUUGGUUGGCAUUGACUCACCAAUUGAGCAGAUCCUGUCAUUGCUGUGUACCGGACCUGAUGAUGAACCUCAUUUUGUUGGGAUUUGGGGAAUGGGCGGUAUAGGAAAAACAACCAUCGCCGAAGCUGUUUUUAGUGUAACAUCUGCUCAAUUUGAUAGUUGCUGCUUUCUUAGCAAUGUCAGGGAACAGUCUAAAUUUGGUUUGAUUCAGCUUAGAAGUAUUCUUAUAUCUGAGCUUUUAUGUGAUGAGAAUUUGAAUAUAAGAAUGCUGCACACACUUCCAACUUUUGUUAAAGUUAGGCUCAAAAGAAAGAAGGUCAUGAUUGUUUUGGACGAUGUCAGUGAAUGGGCACAGUUAGAUGGAUUAAUUGGAGAUAAAAGUUGGCUUAGUCCAGGUAGUAGGGUGAUCGUAACAAGCAGGGACAAAGAGGUGCUUCAGUUCUGUCACGAAUUGUACAAGGUUGACGAACUACAGGAUAGUGAUGCUCUCCGACUCUUUAGUACUUACGCCUUUAAGCAGAACAAUCAUUCUGAGGAUUAUUCUGAACUUGCAACAAAGGUGAUGAAGUACGCUCAAGGUGUUCCAUUAGCGCUUAAAUUGUUAGGUUCCCAUCUAUGCAAAAGGUCUUUAAAGGAAUGGGAGAUUGUCUUGAAUAAACUAAAGUAUUCUCCUUAUUCCAAAAUUCAGGAAAUUUUAGAAAUAAGUUACGCUGAACUGGAACCGGAGGUGAAGGAUAUAUUUCUUGACAUAGCAUGUUUCUUCAAAGGACAAAGAAGAGAUCAAGUGAGAGAAAUACUCGAAAAUGGGUAUAGAAACUUUUGUUGGGGAAUAAUGCGACUAAAUGAUAAGUGUCUCUUAACUAUCAAGGAACAUAUAGGUAUUCUUGUGAUGCAUGAUCUAGUAAAGGAAAUGGGUAUAGAAAUUGCUCGACGAGAAGGCAGUAGACUAGGAAAUUCUAAGGAUAUUAGUCGCUUGCUGACGAAUAGUAUUGGGAAGGAGGAAAUUCAAGGCAUAUUUGUGGAUAUGUCUGAACUCGAAGUGGUUCACUUGCAUCCAAAAGCUUUUUCAGAGAUGUCAAACUUAAGAUUGCUCAAAUUUUACAGGCAUAAUAACGUUAGUCAAUGGGAUCGAAAAGCAGUCUUCAUGCUCGAAUCUGGUCAGUCAGAGUAUCUAAAGUGCCUUCCUAGCAUGCUAAGUUUUCUUCAUUGGGAAGAAUAUCCUUAUAAGUCUUUGCCAACAAAUUUUUGCAUGGAGAACCUUGUUGAACUUAACUUGCGAAGGAGCAAUAUCACACACCUUUGGGAUGGAGAUCAUAUGUGUCCUCGAAAUUUAAAGAGAUUGGAUCUUUUUGAUUGCCAGCAACUAAUGAGACUUCCAAAUCUCUCUUUGGCUAAGAACUUGGAGGACAUAGAUCUUUCAAAUUGUGAACUCCUGGUUGAGAUUGACUCCUUAGGGUACCUUUGCAACCUUACUCGUCUCAAUUUACAUUAUUGCACGAAGCUGAAGAGGCUUCCAGAGAUUCCGAGUUGCAUAAAGUAUUUAGAUAUAAGCGGGUCUGGAGUGGAAGAGUUGUCCCCAUCGACUCAAUUUCUGGAAAAUCAUCAAUGCUUUGAUAUGAAAAAUUGCAUUUAUUUGGAAAGCUGCGUAGAUCUUAGACUUUCGUACUGCCAGAAUCUUCGCAAGUUUCCGGAGAUCAUAGGAAGUGUCAGAAGUUUUUAUAUGUACAAUGCUGCGGUAGAUAAAAUGCCCUCGAUAAUCUCUUCGUCACUUGUUCAUUUGCUAACGACUAAAUGUAAAAGUCUUGCAAUUAUCCCAGACAGCAUUAGUGAAUUGAAAUGCCUGAAAGAGCUUAGUUUAAGUGGUUGCCCAAUUCUUGCGAAAUUACCACCUCUAUGUGGUUUGGACUCUCUAGAAACACUACACUUGGCAAAUACUGCAGUUGUAGAAAUCCCAGAUGACAUUGUCUCUUUACCAUCAUUGAAAGUAUUGUAUUUAAGGAACUGCAGCCGACUCCAAGGUUUACCUAAGCUUCCACAGAGGUUAAGAAUUCUUACUGUAGAAAAUUGUCUCUCUUUGAAAACCACAGAAUCAUCUUCCUAUAUUUCAUCCAUAGAAUUCUCGGGUGAUUACAAGUUCAGAUUCAAUUACGGUAAUUGCCUGAAUUUGGACAACAUCUCUCGUUGCAACAUUCUAUCAAAUGCGUGGUUCUAUUUCAAAGAAAUGGCCAAUGCUAUUAGCGACACUAGAAACAAACAUGAAGGCUGGUAUACAGUUUGUUUGCCUGGAAGUGAAAUUCCAGGGUGGUACAGCUAUCAAAGCCAAGUAUCUCCAGUAGCAAUUGAAUUCCCAUCCUUCUAUUUUAACACACUGCUCCUUGGUUUUGCUUUUGCUUUGGUUCUGAAAUUUAACUCGUCCGAAGAUCACACCGGACUCUCCGUUAGAGUUGAAUGCCAUUUCAAAAAUGCUACUUCUGAAAAACACACUUCCUUCACUUCUUUUAUGGGUUAUUUUGCUGUCUCUGAAUCGGAUCACGUGUUCCUUUGGUAUGAUCCAAACUUUUAUUAUGGUCUAAAAGAUUGGCUUAUCGAAAACCGCUGCAGUGUCAACGAGGCCUCCUUUGAGUUCAGUGCUUUCAAUAAAAUGUUUAGGGAAAUGAGAGAAUUAGAGGUGAAAAAGUGUGGUGUACACCUGAUAUGGUAGCAGAGUCAAAUUCCAAGAUAAACACAAAAAUACCAACAAUAAGAGAAGACGAGAAGCGGAGGAUGCUGAUUUAGUUCCUUCUACGUCUUCAUAUGUUCUCGGACAAGCAGUAGAAACAAACAUCAACAACAAUAAAAGCAAAGAGUGCAAUAAAGAUGAACCACUUCCUGAAAGAGCGAAAGCUAUAAUUAUUUCGGGUUCUUCAUGUAAGUGAUGAUAGUAAUUAAUUGAGAUGUGUAACUUAGCGACUUAUGUUCCAGAUUUUAUUGAACAAGAAGAAGAAAUCAGCACCAACAGUAAGAGAAGUGGGGAAGAUCGGGAAGAGAAACCAGAUCAUAAAGGCUUGAAAUAUUUCUUCUCUAAGAUCUUUUGCUGCUUCUUUGUACUUUUCAUAUAAGUUUAUUCUCCAAUUUUAUUGCAUUACUAAUGCGGAUGUGGAUAUGGAAUUCAUAAUUCUGCCAAAAUUCGAGGUGUGAUGCAGGCAAUUUCUGGACACAAUUUCAUUGAGAACUGCCUGAUUUCAUUGUGAUUUAUGUUUUGCUUAUUUUAAUUAGUUUUGAUCAAGACAGACUAGAGUUUCAAUGUUUUAGGUAUUUAUAUGUAAAUUGAAGACUCCUGUGAGACAUUUUUUGAUGUUUUUGAACAACUUUGUUUUAUUGUCCAAUUUUGUUACUCUUUCCGUUCUA